AUCAGUGAAGCCUGGACUGUUUGUUUCUGGUAGGGUGACAGUUUCAUAUUCAUUUAGACGCGCAGACACACGUGCCAGAUUCAAUCAGUGAGUAAGCAAGGGAGACAGCAAGGAAAUGAGGGAGUGACGAGGAAGAGAGAGGGAGAGAGAGAGAGAGAGAGAGGGAGAGAGAGAGAAAGCCAUAGAGACAGGCAGAUCGCUGGAGCAGCACUGUGAUUCCUGUAGACGGGGAUCUCUGGCUUUUAUCAUCUCAGGAUUCCUGAUCCCCUAUCCACAGCUUCCUUUACAGGAAACAGAUUUACUGUGCGGUUUCUUCUUGGAUUCAGCGGAGCGAGCCGCUGCUGAUCAGCCUGUUCAGCACAUCUGUGAGAGAUGCCUUUUUAAUUCGUCCGGACGGGUCAGAAGGCAGGCAGGGAGGCAGCCACCACACACGACACUUUCACUCUGAGAGGGAACGCUGCCUUCGCUUGUCCCUCGCCAUCUCCUCUCAGCUGCGCCCAGAUCCGCACCGGCAUCGCCAUGGGUGACAAAGGCACGAGAGUGUUUAAGAAAGCAAGCCCCAAUGGCAAACUUACUGUGUACCUUGGGAAGCGGGACUUUGUUGACCAGGUUGACCUUGUUGAACCUGUUGAUGGUGUGGUUUUGAUUGACCCAGAAUACCUAAAGGAAAGAAAAGUUUUUGUGACCCUGACAUGUGCUUUCCGCUACGGCCGGGAGGACCUGGAUGUCCUGGGCUUGACGUUUAGAAAAGACCUCUUUGCCGCCAACAUCCAAGCCUUCCCUCCAGUGCCGGAUGGGAAAAAUACUUUAACCCGUCUUCAGGAGCGCCUCAUGAAGAAGCUUGGGGAACACGCACACCCGUUCACUUUUGAGAUUCCUCCCAACUUACCUUGCUCAGUCACCCUUCAACCAGGACCAGAAGAUACAGGAAAGGCCUGUGGGGUUGACUUUGAAGUAAAAGCUUUCUGUGCAGAGAACGUUGAAGAAAAAAUCCACAAGAGGAACUCGGUGCGUCUUGUCAUCAGGAAGGUGCAGUACGCUCCAGAGAAGCCAGGCCCUCAGCCCAUGGCUGAGACAACUCGCCAGUUUCUGAUGUCAGACAAGCCGCUUCACCUGGAGGCCUCACUGGACAAAGAGAUUUACUACCACGGAGAGCCAAUCAACGUGAAUGUUCACGUGACCAACAACACGAAUAAGACUGUGAAGAAGAUGAAGAUCUCAGUGCGUCAGUAUGCUGACAUAUGCCUGUUUAACACUGCGCAGUACAAGUGCCCCGUGGCAACAGAAGAAUCAGAUGACAUGGUUGCUCCCAGCUCCACGUUUUGCAAGGUGUUCACUCUCACACCCUUCUUAGUCAACAACCGAGAGAAACGCGGCUUGGCCCUAGAUGGGAAACUGAAGCACGAGGACACAAAUUUAGCCUCCAGCACCCUGCUGAGAGAAGGGGCUAACAAAGAAAUCCUGGGGAUCAUUGUGUCCUACAAAGUCAAAGUGAAGCUGGUUAUUUCCCGGGGAGGGCUCCUGGGAGACCUCGCAUCUAGCGACCUGGCGAUUGAACUUCCGUUCACAUUAAUGCAUCCCAAACCUGUUGAAGGCUCUUCCUACCGAGAUGCUACAGACAAGGACGCACCAGUAGACACCAAUCUGAUUGAAUUUGACACAAAUGACGACGACAUCGUCUUUGAAGACUUUGCGCGACAGCGCCUCAUAGGAGCAAAGGAAGAGAAGGAUGAGGACGAGGAUGGGGCCGACUCGCCGAAGCUGAGUGACAGAUAGGCACCGGGUUGUAGGUGUGAAUCUUCAUUGAGCGGAGGCCUGCGGGUUUAGCCUGGAAGACUCUGUAACAGUCUUGUGCCUGUGCUGUCGUCUUGUUAUUCUUCACUUUAGUCUUUUUCCAUUUCCACGGGAAUGCAGAGUUAAGAGCCCAGCUGAGUCUGUGCACAAGGCUGAAAGUGGUGGUGUUAGAUGGGGUUAGGUCACCCAGCUGGCUCUGCUUGAGAAGCGGGUGAUGGAGGCAGAGAAAACUUGCCCUGUGACAGCUUCGGAUCCUUUGAUAGAUCGAUGGAUUAAAGUUGUUCCUUCUAGGAUGAAACAUUAACUAAAAUCGCACCCUAAGAGUAUAAUUACCUAUGAGACUGUGAAAAUGUCCCAGAAUAAGUACAAAAAACGGAACUUUCUUCCACUUGCUGUCGCUAGUGAUUUAUGACACUAUAGCAUUUCACCAAACUUAACAGUGAGUAGUUUGUGGAAUUUUUUUUAAAGUUUGGGUGGAUUAACUUAGACGCGUUAGCAACGUACCCUCAGAACAAUGGCCUUAAAUCAUCACUCAUUCGUAAAUUAUGGUUCCAGUUUUUAUAGGAUACUUUCAGCUAAUAUCAUAUUAAUCUAUUUAUACCUAUGGAUAUUGGUUACUAAAUUCAAAUGGGCAGUGAACCUUUAUCUGUUUGAAAGAAUAUUUUUUAAAUUAAAAAAUAUAUAUAAUUUUGUAGCAGUCAGUGUUUACAGUUUAUUGCCCAUGUACAUACUGUAUGCUGGUUUUGAUGACACGCAUGUUCCACUGUCUUUUUCGCACAAGAUCUCAGGUGGGUCUGUUUGUAGGAAUUAAAGACCCCAGGAUGUUUCGACUGUGGGGCGAAUGGGGAGGCACUGCAUUGAUAGAUUUGAUAGUGAGUACACGAAACCUCAAGAAGAGUGGAUUUAAAUGUCCCUAUUUUGCAUGACACGUGUCAAUAAUGCUCUCAGCAUGCACGACCGGCGAAAUGCCCAAGGGAACACCGGCAUGAUGCUCAUGGCGUGUGACCAGCUCGUCAAAAACACGAGUAGAACCAUGACACUGGCUGGAACAUCCGCAUGUCUCACGUAUGUUUAAUUUAUUUUCCGUUACUGAAUUCGCUGUUAAAUGGUACGUAAUGUGGUUUGUAUAGCUGUAUAAGACGCCUGCCCACCCUGUUUCCUGACAUCGCAGAUGUAACAGAUUAGCUGUUCAACUUCCUACUGAAUUUUAAGAACCCGGUGAACUGUUUGAACCAGAGACAGAAAAAGCCAUAAUGCCCGUAUUGCUGCUGCCUUGGCAGGUGUUGCUUUCCAUAUAGUGCAGGAAAAUUAUUAAAUUGUACAGGCGAUUUGAACAAAUGACCAAUGGCAUUUGUCACAUUCACCUUUAUGGUGGAAUUCAUGUUGACAUCAUUUCUAUAUGGUAAUUAUACUUGACACAAUUUCCUUUUCUCUUCUCUUACCCGGCCCUGUUGAGCAAAUCAAAUUAAUCUUUUACUGAAAUAAUGUUGAUCGUACCAUUUAAGUCAGACCCACUGUGAAACUAUUUUACAGCUAAUCAUUACCUCUUUACUAUACAUUUGGUUUGUUUUGAAACUAAAACAGCUCACUUAUGAAUAUUUAACAGUAAUUUAAAUGUUUUCACGGAAGGCUUCACCAUUCAAGAAUAAAAUGAUUAUAUGUGUGUGCUUAUUAACAUGAAAUUUAAUGUGAAGCACACUUGAUUACCCUGGAUACUAUUUUCAUCUCUUUUAUCUGACUAAUUCUAGUGAAUGAUGUUAAAGUAUAGAAUUUCUGCUGAAUAUGCUGGUACUGACUUAGCUAUGUCUGAAGAAGAAAUAUUAUAGCAUCUGUGCCGUAAUUCUGAAGUAAUCUGUAUAUUUAAGUUUUAUUCUUAAUUACUUGAUAUGCCAGAUUUACGCAAAAUGUCUCACUCAAAUCGGCAAGAAAACAUAUAAUGUGUUGAGACUGACAAAACUGAAUGUUUUUAUGUUGUGCAUCCAAAUAUUAAAGACUUUUAGGGAUGUUUCUGUAGAGCUUCCGGUCAAGAGGGAGGCAGUCGUUAGUACACAACCAGGGAACCCCGGCGAGAAUUCCUGUCUCUGUCCACCACAGUAAUUAAAAGUUUAGUCGAUAUAGUGAAUCAAUAUCAAUUUGUCCGUGCUGCUUUUUCAUUUUAUAAUCACUGGAUGAAGAAUUCAGGUUAAAGGGUGCCGGAAGAAUUGUUUUUCAGCGUUAGCUAAAUAUUUAGAGGGUCUUUGUCUUUCAUGUUCGACGUCUCACCUGGAAAUGAGGCAUGAGACCUUAGGCUGGAUGCAAAGCCUGCAACAGAUUUCACACCCAAUCUGAAGUGAGGGAGCCCAAGGCGCCCUCUAGUGGUGAUCUCAACGCUGCUGUCCUCAUAAGGACCACAUUAUAUAACUACAAUCUCUGGAAAAAUAACUUCCGUUAGUCCUGAACCUGGACACAUUAUCCAAUUUGACACCCUUUGGGGAAAUAAUUGAAUCCAAAUGAUGGUGCAGAAGUCUGAGCACAAUGUGAGGCAAGGAAAGUCAAGUGUGACCCAAAAUUGGAUUCUUGUGUGUAAAACUUGCCUCUCAUUAACACCCCCUCCCCCCACCUUACAUUCUGGAUAUGUUGUAUUUUGUGGCAAAAAUCUCCUAUUUGUUCCUAUGAUUUCUGUAUUUGUUGAUGUAAAAUGUUUAAAACAAAAACUUCUUUGUGCUUUGGUGAAGCAUGUAAUAAAGCGAUCUGGUUUCUGUGUG